UUAUAGAGAUAAAGUUGAUGAGGAGCUGGGGAAAGAGAAAUAAGGAUGGAGGGAGAUGGUGCAGUGGUAGUGGCGUCGGAGGUGACUUGUUUGGGUCUCUCCGAUGCUCUCCGCUCUGGAGGAGUGGAGCUCCGCGCGCGCCCCGGCCCGCGGCCCACAUCAAGCCAGUCGAGUGCAAGACCCCGUGGUGAGAGGUCUGCGCUGCUCCUCCUCAGUGCGUCCCUCAGUGACCCACCCUUGCCGUGGUGAAGAUGAUGACCGAAACUUAACCCUCUCAUAGUCGGAAGAAAAUUUCGUUUUAUAUGAGAGUGAUUUGCGUGUGAAUGUCGUUUUAUAACCAGUGUUAAGAAUUCUGACAGUUUGAAAAUAGUAAAUAUUUAGAUUUUUUUCGUGUUUUGAUAAUAAUAUUCGAAUACUCUUGAUAAUGGAAUUGCCCCUUGAAAAUCUGCCAUGAUGGAUACCAGGACAUCGCUGUAUGCUGCGUGUGAGGAGUAAGAUGGAGAACCCGGCGUUCCUCGAUAGCGACCAGUCCGUUUACGAGAGCGCGAGAGGGGCCCCACGCAACAUGUCCCAGCGGCGACCACAUCAUCUUCCCGCCAUCCACCACGCCCACCCCCACAACCCCAGGGCUGUGGGCGUCCCCCAACACAUUGCUCACGUUCACAACGGACGCGUGCUGGGCGUGACGGGCAUCCCAGGGAACGUGUUGCCUGGAGCUGUAGUGCAGGUGUCUGGGGGACCCGUGUCCUCACCCGCCCCAACUCCAGGCCUCUCCACCAACUCCACCCAUUAUCCCGACCCCUCGCUGCCACCUCUUUGCCCCGCCCACCUCGCCCCACACUCCCACGUGCCCCACAGCGAGCCCAUGUACUCCUGCCAGGCGCCCCGCGGCCACGACCACGUGUACCAAUGCCCCGGCCACCGUAGCGACCACAUGGACCAUCGGGACCACCGGGACCACGCUGAUCCACGUGACCACCUGCGGGACCCUCGAGAGCACCACGUGGACCCCCGAGACGUGCGGGAACACCAUGACCCCCGUGACCAUCGCCUGGACUCCCGGGAACAUCACGUGGACCCCCACGAUCAUGUAGAUCCUCGAGACCACGUAGACCCCAGGGACCCCCGUGACCCCCGGGACCACAGAGAGCAUAGGGAUCCCCGCGAACACAUGGACCCUCGUGACCCUCGACUCGACCCCCGCGAGCACCAGAUGGACCCCCGCGAGCACCGGCUAGACCCCGGGCUGGAUCAGCGGCCGGACUACCACUAUGGGGGCAGCGACUACUCCAGCACGGAGCCUAUUUACGCCCAGCCGCACCUGUACCCGCGAGAAGGCGGCGCCGGCACGCCCACCCUCGGCUACAAUAACACUCGCGGCUCGCUGAGGGCGGCAUCGGCGGCCUCCUCUCAUCUGUCCACUGGCACCCCGGCCAAAUACCUCGUUCGGACCGACUCCUGCGGAAACUCCACAUCAUCUUCCAUUCUGCCAACUGUAUCCGCCCUGCUGGCUCGAGAGCCUGCCCACACCCCGCCCACACCCGCCCAUAACACCACGCCCUCCCUUCGCUCCUCCGCGCGCCACGCCAAAGGAGGAUCAACUCCUACACCCGCCAAACUGAAACGGCAAGGACUGUUCAGGGUGUGGAAAGUAAAGUUUAUGCGCGGCGAGGGCGGCAGGAGGCGAGUGUGCUUGGUGCUGACCGCUGUUGUGCUGCUGCUCCUCCUGGUGUUGGGCGCGCUGGCCACCGUCCUCUACCUCACGCUUGGCGGGGGAUUGAGCGCUUUCGUCGGUGUCUCCCCAAAACUCAUUGUUACUGAAACAGGUAAGUUACUCCCUCAAGGUUAA